UUCGAAGCGCGACGGUUGCGUCCGUCGGUCGCUCCCUGCAUCGCUCAAAACAAAACGCUUGCAUUUUAAAACCCACCUUGACUUUGUUCGCUAAAGAAAAAAAAAAUACAAAGGGAAAUGUCUUUACCUUGUGAAUAAAAACAAAUAACAACGAUUCGCUUGUACGUUUGAAUUUUAAGUAUUGCCAAUAACCGGCGGAAAUAGACGGACUAUAAUACUGCAUAGUUGUAAGGUGUUCUCGGUACGUGAAAAAGGGACGACUAAGCCUUGUGUGCAGGGGUUUACAUCUCGUCUUUUGCAUAUUUUUUAUUUAUUUUUUUUGAUAUCUACCUUUCAUCGAUCAAGUGCUGUGCGGGACGUGUAUUGUGUGAAGUUUUUUUCCUUUCUCAAUAUAGAACAAAAACGAUGAAUCGAAUGAAGGAAAGUCACAGACACAGAUUUCUUUGAAAGUGGAAUCGAUAGACAGAGAAAUAAAAGGAAAUCGGAACGAAGAAAACUCUGGGAAUGUUUUGAGGAACGUUGAACAAAAUAGCGUCGAAUCGUCGUCGAUCAACAUCGAUCUACCUACAUAUAAUAUAUCUAUUCGAAUAUCCAAGUUGGUGGGGAAAGUUUACCCCACGUUUCAUCGAUCGAUCCGCCGAUUGGAAUAUAUUUAUACGUAUAUACAUAUACAUUAAACCUAAGCGAUGAUCAGAUCGUGGAGUAAGUUGAUACUCACCUCGACGUUUCUCGGCUUGGUCACAGCCUGGGGUAUCAACCAUGCUGGACUUUCGGGAACGAAUGCCAAGUGCGAAAAACUGGGCGUCUCGAUGUGUCGUGGUCUCGGUUACAAUCUGACCGCUAUGCCGAACUUCAUGGGUCACGAGGAUCAGAUUCUAGCCGAAAGAGGGCUAACCGCGUUAAUGCCCUUAGUUCACUACAACUGCUCUCGUCAUCUCAAGUUCUUCCUGUGCUCGGUAUUCGCUCCAGUUUGUUCGGAGCACAUAGCGAUGCAGAUACCAGCCUGCAAGCCACUCUGUCUCUCCGUUCGUAGAGAUUGCGAGCCCGCGUUGUCCAGCCUCAAUCUUCCCUGGCCGCAUAUGCUCGAUUGCGAAAGAUUUCCCGACGGGAAAACCGUCACGCUCUGCGUGCAGCCAGUUGCGGAGGAAAUUUUACAGCCGGCUGAUCAAGUGCCGGCAUCGAUACCGUCUCUCCAGCCAUCGAUCCAGCAGCAGAUUCCGCAGCAGUGGCCCGUCGUGCAGUCGGUACAAACAGCUCAGCCCAUAAUACCGGUUCGAGGUAACAACCUGCACCAUCAUCGAUGCCCGCCUCACUUCGUUCAAACGCCUGACGUAGAAACGAUAACCUGCGCGCCUAGAUGCGGUUCCGACGUUUACUUCAGAUCGGAGGACAAGAAGUUUGCCGAACGAUGGAUGAUCGGAUGGGCAUGGCUCUGUUUUCUGUCGACCCUUUUCACCCUCCUAACGUUCUGGGUCGAACCGUCUAGAUUCCGCUACCCGGAACGGCCAAUAGUGUUUCUGGCUCUCUGUUACAACCUACUUUCGGUUGCUUACACGAUUCGCGGCGCGGUUGGUCCGGAAAAUUUGAGCUGCGCCACUCAGGAGAACGGACCAAGCUACGUUCCGGUUCACGACGGACUGCGAAGCAUUCCUUGCACGCUUUGGUGGCUCGCUAGGCAUUACUUGGCCCUUGCGAGCAGUGCCUGGUGGGCUGUUUUGUGCGGAUGCUGGUUACUCAGCGCGAGAAACGAGUGGAGCAGCGAGGCCCUUCACAACAUCGCGCCGUACCUUCACGCAACGGCCUGGGGAAUCCCCGCGCUCCUUACGGGAGGUAGUUUGCUGUCGCGGAGCGUAGCUGCCGAUGAGCUUACCGGGCUCUGUCAAAUAUCCGACGAAUCCGCACUUUGGCUCGAGGUUUUACCCCACGCGACGCUCCUUCUCCUUGGUUGCAUAUUUGCAAGCAUCGCUGGAGCGGCCCUUGUCCGAGUGAGACGUGCCGUUCGACUUGCGGGAAGAAGCGCGACAAAAUUGGAGCGGCUUAUGACCCGUCUGGGGAUAUUUGCGCUCCUCUACGCGCUUCCGGCGCUGGGAGGCCUCGCCUGCGUCCUUCACGAGUCGUCGGUCAGGCCGAGUUGGCGAACACUUGCUCUGCUGACCGCUCUUGACUGCAGAGUCACGCAAAACUGCUCUCCAGGUCCAAGUUACAGAGCUGCUGGUCUGGAGGUCGUCUUCUUGAGAUUGUUUCUCUCUCUCGUAGUCGGCGUCACUUCCGGGAUGUGGGUCUGGUCGGGAAAGACCUGCAGAGCUUGGAGCAGGCUGCUCGCCGCGCCCAGCAAACCGCUUAGGCCACCCGAAGUUAUGCAACCCCUUGGUUACAACAUGUUUCAAGGAUACAAACCUGACAGUGGCAACACGGCGUAGAUACGCAAGUGCGUUCGAUGUUGGUCAUAUUGCGGUUGUUUUAUUAUUCGCGUCACGCGAUGGUGAACCGUUUGUGAACAUUCUUUGACAUUCGAUCAAUUGAUAUAGUUCUGUGUAUAUUUAUUUAUAUCUACUAUGUGUUAUGGAUAUUACAGUGGACACAUUACUGUACCUUAUUUAUGACGAGCAAGAUUGAGCCCUGCAAAUGAACAUUACGAAUGGAAACAGAGAGCACGAAUAUGUCAAAAUACCGUAUUGCUCCGAAUGUAUGUCAAGGCUAUUUGUCAUUGACAGCAACUGUCAACAUCGCUUCCGUCUUAUACGCGGACCUGUAUUAUGUUCGGGCAACUUAGAAACACACCCUAAAAUACUGUCUAAAAAUUAGAGGUUGACUUACAUUCGGAAUAAGACGGUAGUUUUGUCUAGUUCUAUCGUGUACAUUUAAUAUUAUUAUUAUUCUACAGCCAACGAUAUUUUUUGUAUAUACCUUGUAUAAAGUGUAAAUAAAAAAUCUCAUUUUUUUUUGUAA